UAAUUUAAAUGCAAAGAUUUAUUCCGAUACGGGCGUUCGAAGCGCGUGGACGUUCCCGGGGACCGGUCCUGGCCGACGAUUUUGACACCCCAGAAAUUAUUGGGGGGCUUUCUCUAAUCGUCGCUCUUUUACGACAACUCGGUUAGGAAACGCUUUCCGUUUUGGCCAACCAACCACUAGAUAAAGCCCAUUCCGUUCGAUAAGGUGGCCUCCAGUUGCAAAUUGGCGCUCGAACGGACAACAAAGCGAUUGGCUUUUUUUGGGUCGUUCCGGGAUUUUCAGGAAGCUUAGUGUGAAGUGAAGUUCUCAAGUGUUGGGGCAGGUCAAGCGGACCAUGUGAGACAAUGGUGAAGUGGAUCACGUUGAAGCAGUCGGACAAGGACAGGUCGUUGGGGCUGGAAACGGGUGCGGAAUACCGGCAACGAUGGGUUUCGAUCCGGGUGGUGUACUUUAUUGGGUUUCUGAUGUUUCUGGCGUUCGGGAUCGUCGCAACGGGGAUUUGGCCGUAUCUUAGAAGUUUGGAUCCAUCCGUAAGCAAGGUGUUCUUGGGCUAUGCCUUCGCUGUACCUCCGCUAGGUCAGUUGAUCUUCAGUCCGUUCUUCGGCUGGUGGACCAACAAGCUGACCUCCAUACGGAUACCGCUAGUUCUGCUGGUGAUCAUCUUCACGAUCGCCAACGUUCUAUACGCGGUGAUCGAAGAGUUCGAGGAUAACCGGAAGUACAUCCUCCUGAUAGCUCGAGGCCUCGUGGGAAUUGCAACGUCAGCCGUUACUAUCUGUCGGGCUUACAUCUCAUCCGCCACGCGACUCUCCGAAAGGACCAAAACCAUCUCGCUCAUGUCGCUUGCGCAAUGUCUUGGGCUCAUGGUCGGUCCCAUCAUGCAAUCCCUCUUCUCCGGAAUCGGAGAAGACGGAUUCCAGGUCUUCGGACUGUUCCGAGUUACCAUGUACAAUGUGGCGGGUUGGAUCUGCGUAUUCCUCGGUCUGUUCAACCUUGUCCUGCUACUCCCAGCCUUCUUCAAGGACAGCCCGAUCGCCGUCAAAGAAGCCAUGAAGAGCCAAGGUGCUACCAACGCCAAGGAAACCUGGAAGUCGAUCGAACUCCAGUACUUUUCAAUCACAAUCAUGGUAACUGCCUUCUCCGUGCUGAUGCUCGUCUACGUUGCAUUUCAAACGUUGCUCUCUCCCAUCGCUCUGGACCAGUUCAACUGGACCAACGAGGAAUCUCUGUUCUAUCUGGGAAUCUUGAUGACGGCCGGUGCCCUCAUAUCGUGCAUUCUGUUCCUCAUGUUGGACCCGCUGUGCAAACGCUUCUCCGAAACCAACGUGCUCGUGUACGGCGCCAUGUUGGCCCUGUUUGUCAGCCAGCUGGUGAUGAUCCCGGUCGGAAGUGAACCCAUCACGGCGUUUCUGGAGAACAACGGCAACUCCACCGGGAACGGAACCGCCCUCGGUUGUCCUCCGACGCAGGAAUGGUGCGCGUCGAUUCCUCCGAUCGGCAAGGUGCAGUUCACAAUCUCGUACACGCUGCUGUGCAUUUCGUUCUCCAUCGGAACGACGCUGAGUCAGGCGGUGUUCUCGAAGCUGCUUGGUCCGAGGCCACAGGGCACCUGGAUGGCACUGCUGACUUGCGCCGGAAGUGCCGCACGAAUUUUGGGACCUGGAGCCGUCACGGUGUACGUGCUGAGUGGGACGUACUGGACGUUCGGAGGUGGGAGCGUACUGACGGGGUUGGUGUUCGUGUGGAUGUGGGUCUACCGGAACCGGUUACAGCCGGUAGUCGUGGUUAAGCCGAGCACGGCCGAAGAAAUGAAAGUACUUAACCCGAGCAAAUUGGUGCAGUGA